GGCGCGCUACACUGCCAUAGGAAGAAGAGCUGCGCUAACGCGACGAUAGCUAGCUAGUGUUUUUUUUUUAUCCUGAUUCAAAACAGUCACUGAUCAUUCUGGAGCAAAAACCUCGAAAAUGACCAAGCUGCAGCUCCUGCACCGUGCUCUGAACGAGCGGCUGAUGGCGGCGGUGGAGCAGAUCAUGGAGAUGGUGGGCGGCACGGUGCUGGAGUAUGAAGAGGAGACGGUGAGAGCGCGCAGAGAGAACGAGAUCCUCAGACGGAGGCUCCGGUGGAUGGAGGGCGAAAAUCCGACCGACUGGCCAGAUCCCACUGCUUUUCCUGUCCCAGGUGAGGCCAGCCUGACAGACACACUAGCACUAGAGUCCCUAAUUAUCAAAACGGAGCCCAUUGACUCUUCUGAUUUCCAGUUAUAUGGACCUGACACAAGUCUCACAGCAUCAGUAUGCACUGCCAAUAUGGAAAUGGUUUAUCCUGGCACCAGUGCUCCUGCCGAUGCUGGCAUUCCUGACGGUAUAGUAUGGGACUCGGCACAAAGCUAUAUGGCUCCGCUAGACUUUGACCCCACUCUGUCCACCAUGGCAAGGAACAGGAGCCAGAGGAGGUCCUUUGCCUGCCCAGACUGUGGUAAAGUCUUUGGGAGGGAGCAGAGAUUGAUGUUCCACAUGCGUGUCCACUCUGCUGAGAGGCCCUAUACAUACCGAAGACGUAAAACAUGCUUUUAUGGGGACAAGAAACGGAAGAAGAAAUUACGUGGCCUUUCCAAGACAUCAAGAGAGUUCAUAGAGGACCUAUCUGACACUUCAGAGCAGACAGAGCAGAGUACUGGAUCGGCCAACGCUGGUAUCUCAACAAGUGCUGGCCCCACUGCCACAGAAGUAGAGCCAAGCGAGGCAUCAGAUGAAGCCAGUGAACACACCAGCAGCAGUAAGCUCUCUGAGACCAGUGCAGCCAGACCUGUAGGCCUUAAAGCUAAGCAAGGAAGAGAAAAGGCCAAGACAGCUCAGUGCCUGCAGUGUAACAGAGCCUUCACUAAUGUAUCACGACUGGCGGUUCACAUGAAGACCCACAGAAAGCCACUUCCCAGUCAAGAUGAACAGAAUGUACAGGGAGAAACUGACAGAACAGACAGUGGAUCACAACAUCUUCCAAAGGUAAUAAGGAACAACGAAACCGAGGUGGAAAAGGCAAAAGCAAUAGGUCAGAGGCUGUAUCAGUGCCCUGAGUGCAAGAAGAUCUUUGCUCGCUCCUGUUGGCUCACCUUCCACUUGAAGUCACAUGAGCGAGAACGUAAGCGGCAGAAAAAGAAGCAGCUUCAAGAUAACAACCUGAAGGACACCCCCCAGGUCCCAGAAGCGCUGAAGAAAGAGGUAGCUUCUGAAAGCAGCAAAGUUCACGUACUAAAGAAAAUCUUUGCUUGCCCGUACUGCGAUAAGGUUUUCGCUCGUGAAGGGUGGCUUGGACCACAUAUUCGGAGUCAUACAGUUAAGAAACAAAAGAGUGACAUUCUUUCCGACGCCAUCUUGCCUAAUUCUACUAAGAGAAGAAGUCGACGUGUCAUUACCCAGCUAUCAACCGAAGUUGGCGACGAGCAAACGAAAAUUGUUGAACAGUCAUUAGGAGAAACUGAAAAUUCAGAAAUAGUCAACGAACAACCAAGAAACGAGACUUCUGUGUCUCAAAACAUCACUAUGGAGUUAAUAACAAACCCAGAAACCCAAGUAAUAAUCAGUAAUACCUCUGAAGAUAUCAGUAAUGAAUCUGAAAGUAUCAGUAAUGAAACUGAAGCAAUCACAAACAAAAUCACAGAGGACUCAACCCCAGUCCCUGAGGUAUCUUCGGGACAGAAAGGAGGAGUCAAAAAAUCAAAGAAGAGAUUUCCAUGUCAAGAGUGUGGCAAAGUUUAUUUGCUGGCUGGUUGGUUGAAGACCCACAAGAAGAUGCAUAAAAAAGAGCGAAUUCUGGAGGAGCACAGGAGACAGCUCAUGAUGUUAAAAGAGUUUGGACAAAAUGACAACAAAGAAGGGGGACAGAGCUUUGUGGAAACAAAUAUCACCGAAAAGAAGCAAAAGAAGAAAAAGAAGACUUUGGGGCUACAGGAAGGUCUUGAUGACAAAAAGAAGAAAAAGAACCAGCUUACAAAUGCAGUGCUGCUGAAGACUAUGGAUAAACCUUCUGAUGUCCAGUCAGCCACAGACAAAAGCAAAGAAUCUGGUGGUGCAACUCGUGGCCGAUGCGUCUGCAAAGACUGCGGCAAAGUGUAUGCUAGAAAAAACUGGUUGAGCUUGCACAUGCUUGGCCACAGAAAAGCACUGAUGGCCUUGCCCCAAAAAGCAAAUGACGAGGCACCGAAAAGUGAUGGGCAGACGACACAGGGGGGUUCUUCCACUGAGGAUUCUAAAGGUCAGAAAGGAAAAGACAGUGGUAAAGCAUCAUUUCCAUGUCCCUUUUGCGAUAAAGUCUUUCCAAGAGCAAUGCGGCUGAUGGUGCACAUGCAGAUCCACUCAGGCGAGAAACCAUACUCCUAUCGACAACGUAAAGAACAGUUUUACAGUGACCCGACAAGACCCCGAGUGCCAGAUACAGACAAACAGGAGCCUGCAGUAGAAGGCAAUGAUGAAAAGGGGAAGGAUGGAGGAAACGAAGUGACUAGGAGUCAGACUUCUGCAGUGCCGCAAGACCAUGCAAGCACUACAGAUCCUAUGGAAACCGUUCAACCUCAAUCAGUUUGCACUGGCAGAAAAUUCAACCUCCUUCCUCUGCAGUCAUCUGGUGCUGCUACCAUCCACAGCACAACUCUUACAAGAACUGAUUCAAAAUCAGACAGUAGUUUUAGUUUGCAGCCUAGAAUUGUUCUAGAUCCAGUUAUAGCUGAAUCCAGCCACUCUACAUCAUCUGAAGGGGGUGAAUUUAAAACAGUAAUUGUGGAAACUAGUGACAUUCAGCUGCACCAAAUGCCUGACUUAGAAACGAAUUAUGCUGCUACAGGUGGGCAGAUGAAGAGUCAUCUUCCUCAAACUCCACUUGAAAACUCAAUCCCUUAUGCCAGCCAAAACACAUUGGCUGAGACAGAUCAUCCAGCUGUUGUUUGUGUUAAAGUAGGUUCAGUUCAUAAAUAUCAUGAAAAUACUUCCUGCUCUGAAAAGCUGCUUGUCAGUAUAGGGGACCAGCAGACCUCAGAGUCCCCAGAACACAGAAAGUCUGAAAUUUGCAAAAGGAAGGGUCAGGUAGAAAGCCGAGAGUACUCUUUGUUUGAUGUGAAGCAGCACAAGGUGCGAUCUGACCCAGAACUUCUGGAAAUGGAUAUAGAAUCACAACAGUCAGGAAGCCAAAUUCAAACCCAUGGAAAGUCAAGGUUUCUUGGUAUUGUAAAAGCUAAAAAUAUUCCAGCCCACUCUGAAUAUCUAAAAUGUGGCAUUGAUCGAGCUUGUAUUUCUGAUAAAAAGUUCACUGACGUAGCUCUGACAACAGUUCCAGAAUAUGUCUCAAAUGAAUCAAGUUCCAGUGCCAUACAUCAAGUGUCUCAUACUGAGUCAGGCUAUAUGAUCCUCUCAGAUGUUAGCGAUGAUGAUGAGUGGGCAAUUGUGUCCAAUAACCCUGAUGAGAAGAAAGACAAGAAAACCUUGAAAAUCUCUACCCCGCUACCUGAGGGGUUGGCUGACGCAGGAUUCGUCCCCAGCUCUUCUCAUAAAGCUGGUGACUCUGACUCAGAUAUAACGUUUAUGUUAGAAAAGACUGGUGAACAAAAUUUCCUUGAUGGUAUGCUCACUAACAGAGAUGAGAUGGCAGCCACUUCUGUCCAACAUACAGAAGAGCCAAGUUCCACAGGGCAGAAGAGGUGGUUUACAUGUUUGGCAUGUGGUUUAACAUUUGCUGGUGAGGCCUCCUUGACACAGCACAUGAAGGUGCACUCUGUGUCUGCGGGGACCUACCAGAAGUCACACGCCUUCAAGACACUCAAGAAGAGGGUCAAGAACAAUGAAACAAAGAUUAAACAACAAGUUGCCCAAGUUCAGACAUCAGAAGUAGGUAGUGCUGAUUCAACAGACAACUCUGAAAUCUCAGGAAAAAGCGACUCAACACUGAUAAAUGUCAAAACAGCUACGUUAUCUGGAAGUUGCCCAGACACUGGUGCAACCAGUCGAAGUUCCAGAGCAGGCUCAAAGACUGUUGACCGAAAAUCAAAGAAAGAAAAAAGAACUCUGCACUGUUGUUAUUGUGGGAAAGCUUGUGAAAAAAUAGAACUGCAUCUCAUGCAUGAUCACCCAAAGGAACCUAAGGUGAUAGAAGCUUUGCAUUUUAGCAACACCUUAGAAGAAAGGAAGAGGUUAUUGAGGCUUCUUUGCAGUAACAAAAAGCUGAAACAUGAUUACACUACUAGGAACAAAAAGGAUGAAGAUUUUGUUCAUUGCAUCUUUUGUCAGGGGUAUUAUCAGCGAAGUCAGUUUUGGAAACAUGCUUUAAUAUGUGAGCAGAAACAACCAAAAGAGUUCAUUCUAACUGAACCUGGCAGCAGUACAGAUCUUCCCAACACUAGCCUAAGAUCAAGGCCCAGCUUAGCACAGAAAACCUUUGAUCCAGAAUCUGGGAAUCUCAUCAAAGAUAUCUUCUGCAAUACUGUACAACAGGCCAUUCCAGAGUCAGUGAAUCUUCCUUCACCUAAAGCUGAACACUACACUACACACUACUUAUAUUCCAUUUCACCUGUUUCAGAAACUAGCAGUACUGAGAGAAACCCAAUUCCUGAUCAUGGAUCAGAGAGCCUGUCCAUUGUAUGCACUGGUAACAGCUCAGCAAUGAUGAAUCUUGAUUCAGAAUGUUCUGGACCGCUCGUUCUAGAUUCAUUCCACGGUGCACUGGAGCAUUCCUGUACUCCAGUUCAGGAGUCUUGCCCCAGCGUAGUACAGGAAGCUCUUACUGAGAAUCAAAAUGUAACCUGUCCCUCACUUAGAACAAAGGGCAUUUCAGAAAAAGAACACCAGUCCACUUUGGAACCUGAAAACAGGCUCAAUAACAUCCUACAACCCCAUACCCCAGUUUUAAACAGUUCUUACCUCUUAGACACGUGGAGCCGCAAUCUACAACAAAACGCUGAUCAAGAUUGUCAGAGUUCCUUUACGCAAACAUUAGUUUGCAGUGGAAAACAUGUUACUCCUCAAGAAUCAGUGAGCCAUAUACAUACUGGCAGCAGUGAUUCACAACCAAACACUAAUCUAAAAUCAGACUGGACUGCCAUACCAGCAACUGUAAGUGUGGACUUGGAGCAAAGCCUUGCCUCUGAUACAGAACCAGAGAGAACCGCCAUAAUGAUGCCACAACUUAGAUCGGAGAGGAUUGCAAAAAGUAAUCCUCAUUCAGAGUCAACGAAUUGUCUAAUUGCAAACUUUUUUAGCAGUGAUGCACAGAAAAUUGUUAAUCCAGAAACAGGAAACAUUUCCCUUCAAGUUUUUGGAAAUGAUGAACAUAGAGCCCCAGACAUAGAAUCACACUGUCGUCUAAUUCCAAAUCAUAUUCCUAGAGAAAAACAACAAACCACCGAUCCAGAAACAUACAAUGCAGCACAAAUGCAGUUUGAUUCUGAAGGUCACAUCAGAGAUGACACAGAAGAGGGUGGUAAAUGUACUGGCCAAGUCAGUGAUUUGAAACCUCUUGGCUUAAAUUCCACAACAGUAAAGCGGAGAUGGGACAGUCGGAGCAGGGAUACAAAGAGAAGACGACAAAGUGGCCCCUUGCAGCAAACAUCAGCAGAAGAGAGAAAAGAACCACCAGUCACUUGCCAAACUCCUGAGAUGAAGUGCGGUUUGCAAAUAUCUGAUGUCUGGAACAGUUUGAAAAACAGCAAAAGAAAACCUAAAUUAAAGCUGAAGAAAAAACAUUACUGCUUAUAUUGUAAGAAACCUUCCCCCCGAAUGACACAGCAUCUCCUAUCAGCACAUGCUAGAGAACCAGAGGUGGCAAAGGCCCUUAGUUAUGACAAGAAGUCAAAGGAAAGGAAACAGUUGCUGGAUCUUCUGCAGAGCAAAGGAAACCUCUUGCACAAAGAUGUGGGUUUAAGUAUACCUUUAAGUGAAGAACUACUACCAGCUAAUCAAGCGAGUUCUCCUAAUUCACAAAGGUCAUGCACUUCCAAACAGGAAAAUCCUAAUCCUGAAUCUGUUAGCACCCGUGUUUCAGACACUCGUCACAGUGCAGCACAGCUUCACGCUGACACAGAGUCUGCAGGUUCUCCCUGUCAAGACUUGGGGUUAGGUGGUGAACAACUACUUGCUGAAUCACAAAAUGAUCUCACUCCAGACACCAGCUUGGACACUGGUCGAACAAGAAACGACCAUGUGCACAAAAAUCCAACCUGCAGCUCUCCAGCCUACGACCAGACUGAAACAAGUGAGGACAAGAAAACUGACGCUGAACAAAGCAGCCGGAAAGAACCCAUGGUAGAGAAUAGGAGGAGGAGCUCUCGUAUUCAAGCUCGGCCAAUGAGAGGGAAGGACAGCCCUGAAGCGGAGAGCAUGUCACACAGCUCAAAACUGCACGUUUGUCAGUACUGCACCGCUACGUUCUGCAGUCCCUACCACCUUCGCAGACAUGAAUACACUCACACAGAUGAAAGGCCUUACUGGUGCAGCCAGUGUAAUAUAGGCUUUAUUCAGAAAUACCGCUAUCGAAACCACAGAAUGACCCACCACGGAGAGAGACAGUCAAGCAAGUACAAAGAUCCAUCAAAAAGGUGCAAAAAACAAUCUCACUGUGGAGAGAAGCCAGUGGAGAUUGAGCUCCAUCAACAGCAAUUGGACGACAGCACUGCAGCUACAUCUGAGCUUUCCAGCAACGCUGAGGAAAGACCUGACUUGACAGACGGAGACACAGGAAGUUUGAGGAAGAUCCACAAUGAAUAAUUACCUGAUUGCAGACAGGUAUCAGACAGUUUAUCUCAGAAAUGGUGCCUCAAGAAGCAUUUGCAACAUAGAAUGGUAUGAUAUUAAGAACAUUAGCUUAGAAGCAUAUUGUGAAAAUAUUUUUUUAUAAAUGGAGACAAAUUCAUUAUUUGUAUUUUUUGUUUACAUUAGAUUUUAUAUGUUGCUUAAUCCGAUAUUUUGAUCAGAGGAUCGUUACAAAACACUGACGAAAAGUAUGUUCAUUUUACUGUAUCAUCUAGGUGCUUAUUGGUGUGCAUAAUUACAAGCGUCACAAAAAUUAAAAAGACAGCAAGUGAGUGUGAUGGAGUUUUGUAGUAGCAGAAUCAUUCCUUUUCUUGUGUAUUCUUGUUGAGCAGGAAGUGAAGCACAGUUCUAAAAGUUCAAAUAGGGGUUUCUACACAAUUAAAGGAAAUCUACAUGUUGGACUGUAAUCCUAAGUGCUUCCACCUUUACAAUGGUGUAGCACAACACAGAGUUAAGAAAAAUAGUUGGCAUGUGGGAGAAUGGUAUGGUUUCCUUCUUUUUAAUGUUUGAUUUGGUUUUUAUAGGAGAAAGCAUGACUGCCUGAGGACUACUAGUUUGCCUAGUGUUUACUGAUGAAUUAGUGCCUCCACUGCUUUUAUGUCUGGAAAUUUUAAUUUCUCAAUUUAUAUAUUGUCUGUAUCAUUACUUUUAUGACAUUUUGCUUAUGAAUCUAAAAUUGGAGAGCAACAUAUAUAUUCCUUUACAGUAUUUCGGGAACAUCAUGUAUUACUGCAGCUGCUCAUGGCAUGUACUGUACAUGAAACUUCAUCACCAAUGUUACCUACGUCCGCUGUAAAUAUGACCUGAGAAAAAAAUGAAAACACCACAUCUGAAUUUGUAGGUUGUGUAUUUUUCAAUACAGAAAGUUAUUCAUUUUUGUAACCAGACAUUCCACGUGUCAAUCACUCAAAAGCCAGUAGGUUCACUUUGACCUAAAGAUCUAGUAGCUCCUCAAGCCACCAUCCAAAACCUGUUGUACAGUGUGAACAGGAGAUAAAAAUAAGAAGUGGUGUUUGAUAUGAAUGUCAGCACAGUGAUUCUUCAAAUGCUCCCGUUAGCAGUGCUGCCUACUACCAUAGGAAGAAGAGAGGGUAAGAGGAAGAAAACAGGGAGUAGGAAUUACCAUGCUGGGAGUCCUCUAAGGGUAAGAAGUCUUUGAGCAAGGAGAUGUACAUAAAGAUUCAUGAUCCACUCAAUAGUUUCAACAUGCAGCAAAACCUUUGCCCAGGCUAAGGUUGAUUUAGAUGCUUCCCCUACCUGGAAGACCUCAGGAAGCAGCAGCUGACUCCUGAAAGCAUAAAGCAGCAUAGAUGCCCACUUAGCAAAAUAAACUCUACCAAUGUGCUUAAUUACAGCAUUCCUUUAUAGGCCUUGACCCUUUUUCAGUGCUUAGUGUGUUUUCAGCACCCAUUAUAUCUCUGAAAUCCAACACAGUGGCUCUCGAAGUGGUCAAACGGUUCAGGAAUGCUAUGGCAGGAGACCUAGACAUGUUGGCAGUAUUUGGGAGGUAGACACAAACAGUAGGAAGACUGAGUACCGACCCAGAGCCUGGAUCUGGUUAUCAUCCCAGGACCUCAACCUCAGGUUGCCAUGUUGUAGACUCAGGCAAAUCAUAAGAAAAAUGAACCCAGUCACCAACAUCUCACCCUUAUUUUCUGUCUAAACUCAAACCCUAGACCUAAAUUGAGUUUAAAUACAAUCAUAUGAAGAAUUUCUUUUCUCCAUCGGCAUAAGGGAAUAAAAGGACAGGCACAUUUAUGAACAAGCUGCCACAGUUAAAAAUUGUCAUGACUGUAAAGAACUUGUUCCCCAAAAUUCAAACUGAAUAACAACCUGUCAGUUCUGGGGGUGGCCUAUGAUGCAUCAGUUGUGUCCACAGCCACUCCAGGACACCCCUUAGAGCCACCCCUGGUAAUUCUACAUUAUAAUCGGAUAGAGUAAUAAUAGAGUAAUAAUAAUAGAGUAGACUGGGUUUUCUAGUUUGAGAAUAUCUGUUUCAGAUGCUUCACAUCUCUGAUGCAAGAUUUUCAUUCAAGUAGUCUACAUGCUAAAACAAAAGCAUU